AUGCCAUUUCGCUUUGCAUGUGCUUUUUUACCCGGGGGGGGGGCGGCCCAUGCGCAACUCAAAAAGCAGAGGGCCGGGUCGGAGAUGAGCUACCUACAACCCUACCCAACGAAUCCCGCCAACUCGCAGGUUUUAUUUUACGUUGUCGAGUAUACCGGAACAAGCUUCCUCGGUACAACCAGUCGCUCCCCUAUUGGCCGCAUCGAGUUUGAGCUCUUCGACGACACGGUGCCCGUCACAGCGCGUAACUUCAGGGAGCUGUGCCGCGGUGCCCCUGGAAAGGCCCCUGGGGGUAAACCACUCUCCUACAAAGGCUGUGUAUUCCAUCGCAUCAUCCCGAACUUCAUGAUACAAGGGGGAGACAUCACGAACGGAAACGGCACCGGCGGCUGCCCCAUUUAA